ACUCCAAAAAAAAAAAAAAAUUCGAGAAAAAAUCGAGAGAAAAAGGGGAGAAAAAUGAGGCGAAGGCUUAGGCUCCCGAGCUCCUCCGACGAAGAGGACGACGACAAGCGGCCCCAAACCCUAACCUCUCUAAACCCUAACUCUAACCCUAGCCCUGAUCCUCCCCCCGCUCCUCCCAAUCCACCCCUCGAGAUAUCCGACGACGACUUUGUCGACGUGCCGGACGACCUCUCCCCGCUCUCUCCUCCGACAGCCCCCGCCCACCCCGCCGGAACCCCCAUGGACAAUGACGGAGCAUCAUCGGUGCCACGGCCGGGCUUAGAUGGCUCCCUGUGGCCGAUCGAUGAGUUCCUCCGGAGGCUUGGCCUCUGGCUCCGGCCGGAGUGGCUGGGCUCCUGCGUCGCCUCCCUGACGGGCUCCGGGUCCGGCUUCGAGGGCCUGGACGUCGCUGGAAAGGCGAGGAGGUGCUUCGAGCAUUUCCUCCUCUCCGACAUGAAUCGCUCCGGCGCUGGCGUCCUUCCGGAGAACGUGCACGGCAUGCACAGGGCAGAGCUGGAGGGGCCUUUCGUUCUCCAGGUUGAUGAAAUAAUUAACAUCUCUGCUCCUCUUCGAGAAAGGUAUCAUGAUGCACCUGCUGGAUUUAAAAGGUGCCUAAAAUUGUCAAUGACCGAUGGUGUUCAGCGCAUAUUUGGGAUGGAAUAUAGGCCUAUCAGAGAAUUGGAAGUUCUUGCUCCUGCUGGCUUUAAGAUUAUUAUUCGUAAUGUACACAUACGACGAGGACUUCUAAUGCUGGUCCCAGAAGUUUUGGAGGUUCUUGGGGGGCAGGUUGAUGAUCUGGAAGCAGCUCGUCAAAGGCUAGUUGGUGAAGUGAAUAAACCACCACGAAGCAAAAGGAAGCAAUGUGGACUUCCUCUGUCUAGAAGAGCUUCUCUUGCUGCUUGGCCAUCUGAUGCCAUUAAUAAUGGUGCACAAGCAAACAUCCCAAUCUCUCAGAAUGUGAAUAAUCCCCAACAAUUGGCUCAAGCCGUUAAUUUGGCUAGUUCUGAGAAUGUUGCUGGAGGAACCAUUUUUGAAGAAUGUGUUGUUCCACAAAAUGCAAGAAACAACAGCGAGGAGUUCACUAGUCGACAUGUUGGAGUAACGGCUGAAGAACAGUUUGCUGCUUCCCAUGUGGGGGGAAACAUUACAGAAGAACCUAUUUCUGCUAACAAUAGACCAGAUACGGAACCAAAUUUAUCCUCGGGUGCUGCUUCAGAUGAGGAAAUUUCCCAUGCCUCAGACACAGGGGAUGCUGUUGGCGAAGUGGAGCAUCCACUCAUUCUAAGUGGUGAAAGGGAAAUUCCUUUCACAUACCUGGCAUCUUUGCUUGCAAAGUGGACCACCCAGAAGGACAACAUACCAUUCAUUCAAGGGAAAAUCAAGUGCUUUUUGACCGGUGUCAAGGGUUUCCAGUUUAAACAACGGAGUGCAUUUGAACUCCAUGUAUAUGUUGAUGAUGGUAGUCUCAUAUCUGAGGUGCUCCUUGAUCACAAUAUGUUGGUGGAGAUCAAUGGAAAUUCUCCUCUUCCUGUUGUCCUUGAGAUGAACCAGAACUGUUCAACAUCUGAUGCGUGGUUGCUUCUUCAAAGGCUGAAGAAGUUUACUGUUCCUCAAAAUCAACAACAUAACAAUUUGAAGUCUAUUGAUUUAUCUCCUUGAUGUUUAUGAUGGUUUGUUUGUUUUGACUACAGUUAUGUAUUACUGGAAGGUUCUGAAAAGUAAUCCACAGAGAUACUUUAGCAUUGGGUAUCCCUAAAGCAAACAGUUAUGAGUGCCAUCACUUUUUUUGUGGAAACUUGUUUGAUAAUCAAAGAUCCUUGCCUUUAUUGGAUAGGAUGUUAAUCACAAUUUGUUCAUAAUGCCAUGCCUUUUUCAACUUCUUAUCUUUGCACAAUCUACAUGUUAACGAGAAGCAUCUGGGUUCCAACAGGACAAGGAAUGGUUGUUAGUGAAGUGGGUGACUGGGAUAAGAAUGGUUCUGCUUGGCACAAGAUUUGUGGUGAUUGGCAAAGUUAAAGAUGAGAAAAGUGAGAUGCAUAUCUAAUGGCUUCACCUCCCUGUGGAACAACAUAAUGAACAAUGGGCCUAUGCUACCUAGCCUUAUCCUGCUGCUCUUUGCUCGUUGAAGAUGCUGCAGCCAGUUCCUACAUGCCUGAUUUAUCGUUGACUCAUAACCUCGAUAAACCUGUGGAAAUUUCUAGGAUGGAGGGCUUUAAGCUGUUCUACUUUUGGCAUCACUGGCUGAAGGUUUGCUUCAAUUACCAAAUGAAUAGUUGCUCUUUCCUUUUGUAUGGGGAUCCAUAAUAACCAUAGAUUCACAUAAUUCUGCAGAAAAGGUGAUCUUUCUGUAUUCAGUCUUUAUGAUGAUCAAGGACCACCUCUCUAUGCUCAUUGUUUUCACUUGACUUUUUCUGUAAGAACAUGGCUUCAGUUUGAAAGCCGUGCAAAUCAGCAAGUUCUGCAGGGUCUCUCUUGCUGUCAAGUUGUGGAAACAAGCUUCAUGAGAGAGUGCACCAAUCGUGGAUCAAGCAGCAAUGCCACUGAGAUUGUCUCCGACCUGGGGGCAAGGGCUGCUGAGGUAUGUUCAUCUCCAGGCAUCGCCUUCUUUGGAAACCGCGAGGGGCUGACCCCAGGCAUGUGUGGGAGCUGCUAAGAUCAUCUCUUUUGCGGACUUCUAGAUGAUGGCAGGGGAGGUGACUUGAAGCAGGACAAGAUUUUUUUUCUUCUUUUUUUCCUUUUUGAGGACACCGCAAGGCUAGGCAUUUGGCAGUAUCUGGACUUGCAUGUUUUUCCAGAUAAACGCUAAGAGCUCCAUUGAUUCGAAGGAAAUUUGUUUUUAUGAGAAUAUUUGGUAGGAAGCUGAUUUUUGAAAAUAUGAUG